AUAUUUCUGUACAGCGGCUACACACGUGGUGUACUUUAUUACAGCAUAGAAAGCUGACAGUGUUUAGACGUUAAAAUAUUUUUAAUAAACAGUAGAAUACAGAAGAUAUGGGUAUUAUUACCUUACUAGCGGAUCGGAGAGGACUGCAUGCGAUUUUAUCAAACGCACAAAGAAUUGUUGGUUGCAGAUUUGUUUCAUCAUCAAUUAUUCCAGAUGCAUCUCGACUACGGAACAUCGGUAUCUCCGCUCACAUAGACUCUGGUAAGACAACGCUCACAGAAAGACUUCUAUUCUACACUGGAAGAAUAAGCCAUAUGCAUGAGGUCAAAGGAAAGGAUAAUGUGGGAGCGACAAUGGAUUCGAUGGAACUUGAACGGCAAAGAGGAAUCACAAUCCAGUCUGCUGCCACGUAUGUCAACUGGAAAGACCACAACAUAAACAUCAUUGAUACACCUGGCCAUGUUGACUUCACUGUCGAGGUUGAGCGAGCUCUUAGAGUCCUAGACGGCGCUGUUCUUGUUUUGUGUGCUGUUGGCGGUGUACAGAGCCAAACGUUAACUGUGAAUAGACAGAUGAAGAGGUACAAUGUCCCGUGUAUAGCCUUUAUCAACAAGCUGGAUCGAAUGGGUGCUAAUCAUAACCGAGUCCUGAGCCAGCUAAGGGCCAAGUUGAACCAUAACGCCGCCUUACUGCAGCUUCCAGUUGGCCUGGAGGGGAAUAACACUGGGGUGGUGGACAUCAUCAGGUGGAAGGCCUACUACUUUGAUGGAGACAAUGGAGAAAUUGUUAGAGAAGAUGUCAUUCCUGAAGAUAUGGUAGACGAGUGCAGGAAACGAAGACAAGAGUUGAUUGAGGUUGUCGCGGAUGUUGAUCCAGAACUUGGAGACUUGUUCCUGGAGGAAGUCAAACCAUCUGAAUCUCAAAUCAUCGCCGCUAUCAGAAGAGCUACAAUUGAGCGAACAUUUACACCAGUGUUUGUUGGAUCUGCACUAAAGAACAAAGGAGUCCAGCCCCUGUUAGACGGUGUUUUGGACUACCUUCCCAACCCCACAGAGGUAAAGAACUACGCCCUUGAUGCGGAAAGCCUGGAUACCAAAGUCCUCAUGGACAGCAGAAGAAGUGGGGAGGCUCCAUUUGUUGGACUCGCCUUUAAACUUGAGGCUGGACGGUAUGGGCAGCUGACGUACUUGAGAGUGUACCAGGGUGCCCUGAAGCGUGGCGGGUUUAUUGUCAACACUCGGACGGGCAAAAGAGUCAAAGUGCCGCGAAUCGUCCGCAUGCACUCGGACAUCAUGGAGGACAUUCAGGAGGGGUAUGCUGGGGAUAUCUGCGCUCUGUUUGGUAUCGAGUGUGCCUCGGGUGACACAUUCACCGCAGAAGGAGCUCCCCUUGUAUCUAUGGAAUCUAUCUUCGUUCCUGAGCCAGUGAUCUCGUUAGCAGUGGAGCCGAAAAACAAGAAUGAUCUUGACCAGUUCUCCAAAGCGAUCAACCGUUUCACACGGGAAGAUCCCACAUUUCGCGUGCGAUUUGAUGAUGAAAGCAAAGAGACCAUCAUCUCCGGAAUGGGCGAACUGCACCUGGACGUCUACACGGAGCGCAUGAGGCUGGAGUACAACUGCCCCGUCAUCUGCGGCAAACCAAAAGUCGCUUUUAGAGAAACUAUUGGCAAGGAAGCAAGCUUCGAUUUCACGCACAAAAAGCAGAGUGGCGGCGCCGGGCAAUACGGAAAGGUCGUCGGUAAGAUCGAGCCCAUGCCACCAGAGUCUAUCACCAAGAACGAGUUUGUGGAUGCUACUGUGGGAAUGAACAUUCCGAAGAAUUUCAUCCCGGCCAUAGAAAAGGGUUUCUACGAGGCUUGUGAGCGAGGUUUCAUCACAGGCCACAAAGUAGCGGGAGUGCGUUUCGUACUCGAAGACGGCGCUGCGCAUGCUGUAGAUUCAAGUGAAAUGGCCUUCAGAAUGGCUACCAUUGGAGCGUUCAGAGAAGCGUUCAACAAGGCCGCACCAAUGAUACUAGAACCAAUCAUGAGCGUCGAAGUCAACGCACCACAGGAAUUUCAGGGUACGGUUAUCGCUGGAGUGAACCGUAGACAUGGUCAGGUCACAGGCACCGAUGCGAAUGAAGGCUACUUUACUCUUUUUGCCGAGGUACCUCUAAAUGAUAUGUUUGGCUACGCCACUGAACUCCGCUCGCAGACACAGGGCAAAGGCGAAUUCACCAUGGAAUACUGCAGAUAUCUACCCGCCUUGGCGCAGGUACAAGCGGAACUUAUGGACAGAUUCAAUGUGGAGAAGCUCAAGAAAGCCAAGCGAUGACAUUUGUGAAGACGACUUCACAAGAAACACUAUGGUCAAAGAAGGUCCAAGAUGCAUUAAGCCCCGUGUUUUCUAAUUACUUCUGCUUGGAAUAAUGCAUUCGUCGAUCUACACACAUUUGUCUUCGGUUAGGACUAGAGUAAAUGCUCGUUUUAGUGCCAAGUUUGCAAUAAGCUCCCCUAUUCGAAAAACUUUUGAGUCUUAAUUAAAGGACUUGUUCUGUUCGAACAGUGGAUAGCCUGUGUAGCAAGCGUUUCUGUGGAGUUUCGAGCGAAGAAUGUGGCCGCGCGAAGAACCCUAACCCUCCCCCUCUCCCUUCUUUUUUUUGCGCUCGCCCCAUUUUUCGCGCGGCCAUAUUCCCCGCCCGCUCUAUAUUCCUGCUGAAACUGCUACGUAGGCUAAACAGUGGACCAAAACAAGGACUGUAAAAUCUUUAUUUAUCGUUGAAGGCAUUUAAGGGUGUGAUGGAUCUGAUAUGGCAGAUCAGCAACGUUUCCAGAAGACUUUAUAUGAAUCGCAAAGAAGAGGAAAUCUUAUUUUAAUGUUUUAAACAAGCCGAAGAGAAAGAAGUAAAUUUUAAUUUAUGAA